AUGAAAUUCACAAACACUCUUGUAUUCGCGGUGACCGCUACUGCUAGCGUUUUUCCACAGUUCCAGACUCUUGGCAACUCCCUGGUGGAACUUGGCCAAGCCUUGGAUGACUUCAAACUCAAUCGCGAGAUUGACAGCAAACCUACCGUUGAAAAUCUCGACAGAGAUUUCCAUAAAGUAGAGGAACAUCUUGACGAAUGUAUCCGGCUACUUGAUGAUUCGAUUAUCACAGGAGGCUACGUCCUCACGAAGGACCGGUCCAUUAUUCUGAAGCACAUUACAUCCGAGACGGAUGCUAACAAACUCCGCGCCCCCAUAAUGGCCCAAAAGUCGCAUAUUAACAACACUCAUGCUUGUGCUCAUACUUAUGGAUUGCUCAAGGCUACCGGCUCCAAAUUCACCAAACUCUACCAAUAUAUCCCCACGUUGUUGAGCCCCAAGGACUUGCCUGCGGGUGAGCGCAAAGCGCAAGAGUUUCUCAAAAUCCUCAACGAUACUAUUUCAGAGUUCUCCGAUGAUAAAUGCGGGCUCAACGGUGAUAUUACGAACUAA